GUGAUAGUUUCGACACCAUCUCAUCAGUGGGAUCCAACACGUCGGUGGUGCACUACAAACCCGAAAAGGCGAGCUGCAAGAAGUUGUCCAAGGACGAGAUGUACCUCAUUGAUACCGGCGGGCAGUACCAAGACGGCACCACCGAUGUCACGCGCACGGUGCAUUUUGGGACACCGACAGAGGAGCAAAAGCGAUUCUACAGCCGGGUUCUUCAGGGCCACCUGGCCUUGGCGACGGCCGUCUUUCCGGAAGGCACCUGUGGCUUGCUCCUGGAUGCCUUUGCGCGAAGACCUUUAUGGCAGGACGGCAUGGAGUAUGGACAUGGGACUGGCCAUGGCAUUGGAGCCUAUCUCAAUGUACACGAGGGUCCUGCACAGAUUGGCGGUGGUCAAGUGCCUGGGAACAAGAUCCAAAGCAGUGAGGGUCGCAGGAGGAUUCUCCUGAUGCCACUGAAAGCAGGUUUUUUUGUUUCGGAUGAGCCCGGCUGCUACAAGGAUGGCGAUUUUGGCAUCCGAAUUGAGUCAGAUAUCUUGGCGACUCCGGCGGACACACCAUACAAGAUGUCCUCGCAGAAAUUCCUGAAGUUUGACUACUUGACCUUGGUGCCCAUGUGUCGCAAGCUGGUGAAUGUAUCGUUGCUCUCACCAGUUGAACGGCAGUGGGUUGACUCAUACCACCUCCGAGUUUGGGAGGAGCUGAAAGAUGAGCUAACCGGUGACUCUCGCACGUGGCUAUGGGAAGCUACCAGGCCGCUAGAAGCCUAAACCGUCUUCGCCGGGCUGGCGAACCACACCAUCCCUGCAGAACAUGCGGAGAGCAAGGAUUAUCAAUUGAACGGUGUAUAGCAAACCUGGUUGGUGGUUUCAAAC